UUUUUUUUGUGUUGAAUAAACCUUUUUUUUUUUUUUAGUGUCCCCGCCUCAGCUAUCCGGGAGACGACGUGUUAAUUAGGUAGCGGAGAAUAAAACCGGCUCGUCUGGAGAGAGGUGGUGCAUUCUGGAGCGAGAUGGCUAACGGAAAGGUUCUGCUGCUCCUGCAUGGACUUCUCCUGGCGGCGGUGAUUCAGCCCGCUCUGCAAGGAGGGGUGUACGUACCGCCCGGCGCUGGGAUAGGCACCGGACCAGGAACUGGAUUCUAUCCAGGGUCAACUGGAGGAGUGCCUGCCGGCUAUAAACCAGCGAAAGCAGCGGGUUAUGGAGGUGGAGGGCAAGGAGGCGUUCCGGGAGGUCUGGUCCCUGGAGGCGUCGGUCGGACCGGCUUUGGUCCUGGAGGACUCGGAACAGGACAAGGCGGGAAAGGCCCUAAACCAGGUUAUGGCAAUCUUGGAGCUGGCGGUCUUGGAGCGGGUGGUUAUGGGACCGGAGCCCUAGGUGGCGGCGGUUAUGGAGGAUACGGUGCAGGCCCAGGUGGGAUCUUCCCAGGUGCUGGACAGAAGGCUGGAAAACGAGGUGCUGGAGGCCAAUUGCUACCAUUUGGAGGAGCAGGCACCGGAACUCUCCCCGGCGGAGGACCUGGUCAGACGGGUGUUCCAGGAGGGGCUGGCGCUGGAUUCGGAAAGCAAGCCUCCAAACUACCAGGUGUGGGUGUGCCUGGGCUUUACCAAGGUGGACUGGUCCCAGGGAAUGGCUUUGGUAGUCGAGGAGUUCUACCAGGCGUCGCCACAGGCACCGGCCUCAGUCAGAAAUCACUUGGAGGCGCUGGACAGGGCGGUGCAGGAACAGGCUACGGUGGACAAAUGCAGCCCGGAGUGUUCCAUGGAUACCCUCUCAAAUCGCCCAAAACACAAGGUGGCUACGGAGCAAAACCUGGAGGUGGCAAACUUCCCUUUGGCUACGGGGGUUUUGGCAAUCAAGGAGCUGGGCUCCCAGGUGGUAAAGGUGGCCCCGGGUCCAGGCCUGGAUACCCUGUCGGAACUGGAGUUGGUACUGGCGCCAUCUCACCUGCACAGGCUAAAUCUGCCAAAUAUGGUGCUGGGGGUCUCGGAGCUGUCGCCGGUGGUUAUGGUGGUGCUGGGGGCGCAGGUGGACUAUAUCCAGGGCAAAUACCAGGAGCAGCGGGCUAUGGAGCAGGAGCCAAGGCUGCCAAAUAUGGCAAGUAA